AUGGUUCAGGUUGCGCUCUCCUGUUUCUCAGGAGCUUAUGCAAUGGUGAGACUGUSGUCUUCGAUUCUCUAUUCCUAUAAACAGUCGGUCUCCCUGCCGCGGCAGUUCCUGAGGCGGCAGCAGGUCCUCGCGCUCUACCGGAGCAUCCUGCGGGCGCUGCGCAACGUGCCGGCCGCUGCCGACCGCCGCUCGCUGCGCGACUGGGCCCGCGCCGAGUUCCGCGGGAACAAGGACGCCACGGACGAGGACGCGAUUAGGAUGAUGAUUACUCAAGGCAACAGGCAACUUCGGGAGCUACAGAGGACCCUGAAGCUGGCAAAAUCCUGACCUUAACUUCAUUGACACCUGAACUGUUACUGCUGUGAAGAAGUAGGGUUGAUCUUUUUCCUUCCCCAGAACGUGGCUCUACGACCAGUCACUCUUUGAUGACAUUCUGGUGAUGUUUAAAGAUGGAAUCUACCACCGCGGAGUUUGGGGUUUUGCUUUGUUUUUUUCUCCUCCUCUUCUUGGUUGGGUUACGCUGCUGUUCGGGCAUCGGUCGGACACCUUAGAGAACUGAAGGGUUUAAAGCAGUGAGCGGGGGAUGUAGCACGUGCUGAGAUAAAUCACAAGAGCAGCGUUUUGUCAGGAAAGUGGAAAAUAAACUGGAUUGUCCCAUUUCUGUGGUAACAGCGUAGUGGCAACAGCCCWCUCUGUACUGUGCCUAGAGUGGGUGUUCUGGGAUUAUUUGUUCGUUUUUGAAUGAACAAAGAGCAGAAUUUGGGAUAAACGAGUGGAUCCAAAUCAAAUAAAGAUGAUAAAA